AUGGAGGAAAUGGAGGAAGUUUGGAGGAAAUUGAAGCUGAAUGAUGAGGAGGACUGUUUGAUUGAGGUUGAGAAAGGUGUACGUGGCUCGAUGGACCUGAAGGGGCGAAGAAGUCUGGUAAGGAAGAUAAUCUCUGAACGUAGGAUCGGGAGAAAAAUUGCUAGAUCUAUGAUGGAAAAAGUAUGGAAGGUUGGUAAGCCUCUGGAAUUUCAAGAAAUUGGAGGUAAUUACUUUGUGAUUACCUUUGUUAAUCGGAGUGAUAAGAUGAAGGUUCUCGAUGGCUGUCCAUGGUUGUUUGAUAGUUACUUAUUUGUGCUGCUUCAUUUUGAUGGUGAAAUGCAACCUAGUCUGUUUGAUUUUGAUCAUGCUUAUAUGUGGGUGCAAAUGUUAAAUCUGCCUUUGAGUUAUAUGAAUAAGCAGAUGGGGGAACUAAUUGAGAGUUCAAUAGGGAAGGUUAUGGAGGUUGAUGUACAGGAAGAUGGCUCGGCUUGGGGGAGAUGCCUGAGGGUGAAGGUAGAAUGUGAUUUGAGAAGACCUGUAGCUUGA